AUGUUCUUCAAGGCGCUGGACCUGACCACUGCGCUCAGGCCUUUGUUGCUACCUGAUGAGACUUUACUCUUUGUGCAGGAUGCAGUGGGGUUGUAUGAAGGGAAAUACAAGAUACUGAACUACCAGAAUGGACACGCCUAUCUCACAUCGCAUAGAGUCUGCUAUGUUGCUACGGAGGAUCCUCGAAAGUAUUCCGUGGCUAUCGACCUAAAAGAAAUCGAUCGAGUUGAAUACCAGGCUAGCUUCCUCAAGUCCUCUCCAAAGAUUACCAUACAUCCUAAACCGCAGAAGCACAAGACUGAUCCGUCCAGAAGCGCAACUGCCAGUCCUGCUGUAUUUCAACAAUCUGCCCUCCUUUCAACACAAUCACCAUCUACACUUCCACAGUCAACCGUUCCCCAAAGCUCUCCUUUGAAAUUGGUCAAUGCCACUUGGAUUUGUCCAAUUUGCUCAUUCUCCAAUCCAGUUCCGUCCAACUUUGACCCGGCAACCGCGAGCGCUGCUACGCAUCUACCCCCCUGUCUGGCAUGUGGGAUUAAACCACCAUUUACAACCGUACUCAAAGCAGCCAUCAGUGCUGCUACAAACCAGGAGUCUCAUUUACCUUCAAUUGCUUCGUCAGCCAAUUCAUAUAGUAUACCCCAACCAGACUCGGUGACGUCGCCUGGGCACCGAGGAUCUGUGUCCUGUCCACGAUGUACCUUUGUGAAUCACCCAUCUCUCACCGAGUGUGAAAUAUGUGGAGCUCCUCUGAAAUCUGCGGGAUCUUCGGUCAAUACUAACCGAGUGGACUCGCCUGCGCCAAUAUUUGAGCAGUCGCAUAUUGCAAAUACAGAAGUCAGCGAAAGCAUCAAGCUUUCUUUCCGCGCAGGAGGCGAAAAAACAUUCCAUGAAAGACUAAAGGGAGCUUUGGUUCAAAGGAAGUGGCUUCUUCAAAAUGCACCUCCUGUGCCACCACCAUCCCAGGCCACAUCCUCGCCGGGCUUGCAAUCUGGCGCCGCAGCUGCUGCGGAGAUCUCUCUACCAACCACACAGCGGUUUUCGGGAGUUGGUAUUGCAGGACUGGAGCGUCGUGGACUGGAGGCUCGAAAGAAAAAUGAGUUGGUGAUCGGGAAUUCCUUUGAAGAUCUUGGAGCCUUGAUGGCUUCUGCGAAGCAGAUUGUGGCACUGGCUGAAACUUUGGCACGAGAGUCAGGCAUGACCUCCAGCGAGGGCUCCGCAGAGACCAGUGCGGUACUAUCUGAAUCGGCAGCUGCUUUAGGGAUGGUGACGACAAAAGAUAUGCUCAGUUCUGGAUCAGAAAGUCUUUAUCUAUCCGAAUUGGCGCGCGAUCUGGCUGAAUAUUUAACAGAUGAUAGAAAAGGCAUCUUGCAGCGCGAAGGUGGAAUCAUGAGUCUUAUCGAUCUUUGGGCAGUAUUCAACCGCUCUCGUAAUGGGGUCGAGCUGGCUAGUCCUUCUGAUUUCCAGAAGGCCGCGGAGCUAUGGGAGAAGCUCAAACUGCCUGUUCGCUUACGGCGCUUCAAAAGCGGCCUUCUGGUAGUGCAACGGUAUGACUGGAGUGACGAGAAAACAAUCGAGAAGAUUUUGGACUGGAUGGAAGAGCUACGAUGCAUUCCUCCCGAAGAUGUUGCUCCUUGGGACUGGUCGCUAUUUGGACGACCUAUAACUGCACAAGAAACCGCGCAUCGAUUCAAGUGGAGUGUCGGAGUGGCUUCCGAAGAACUGGAAAUGGCUGAAGACCGGGGGAUACUUUGUCGGGAGGAGGGAAUUGAGGGUCUACGCUUCUGGCGAAACUGCCUGUCAAGCCCGAUCUCUGACGAUAUCUCUCGUCUUGUCAUUUGA